UCAAUCGCGCAAUCCAGUUAGUAGCGAGAGACAUCGAUCGAUAGCCACGCUUAGCUCCUUCAUCUACUCCAUACAGCUAACUCCGAGCCUUCACUUCGACCAUGGCCUCGUCCUCCGCGCUGAUCGCGCUCCUUGUUGUCCUUGGCUGCGCUGCGGCGGCCUCCGCGGCCACGUUCACCGUCGGAGAUGGGCAAGGGUGGACGACCGGCGCCAACUACGCCACCUGGGCCAGCGGCAAGACCUUCGCGGUUGGAGACAAGCUCGUGUUCAACUACGCGAGCCAGGCCCACACAGUGACCGAAGUCACCAAGAGCGAGUACGACGCCUGCUCCAGCAACGCCAACGGUGACAACAGCGGCGCCACCACCAUGACCCUCAAAGCCGGCGCGAACUACUACAUCUGCACCAUCGGCACCCACUGCGCCGCCGGCAUGAAGCUAGCCGUCACCGCCGGCGACUCCAGCCCCGGUACCCCCGCGGCGGGGACGCCGCCCACCACCCCGUCCGGGUCCGGCGGCUCCCGCGUGCGCAUGGAGGCCGGCCCCGUCCUCGCGGCCACCGCCGGCGUCCUCCUCAAGCUCGCCCUCUUCUGAUCCUCCGAUGAUUCGAUGUUGGAAAGUUUCGUCGAUCGUUCUACGUUUUCUUCUGACGGACACGCACACGCUAGUUUGGAACGAGAGUGGUUGCCUGUGCUUCCUGAUGUGAUAUGAUUGGUUGGUUUCGUAGUAGUUGGCGUGAGUGACUUGUAUGGAUCAUUAUCUCGAUGUUUCUAUCUAGUAGUAAUAGGACUCCUCCAUACGAGGGUGAUCAAAUAAGUUUGGAUUCUGUCAA